GGCAGGGAGGUCGAGCAGAGGCGGUGUUGCCGGCGCUCUCCGCCCGGCGUUGAACAAAAGGGGGAGGGCAGUGCCCGGGAGGGGGGGCUACCUAUUCUUCCACGCACACAGCGCGCAAGUACCGCCGCCGCCGCGAAGCGCAUGAGCGAGGCGCGCCCCGCGAGAAGAGAAGCCCCGCGAGUGCUGGCAGCGGCCGGGCGCCACCCAAAGUGACACGGAGGAAGGGGGCCCCAAGCAAGCGAGCACGGAUCGUCGCUCCUCCUACGGGCAUUCUGUUGGCGUGGGAAUUGCAGCUCUUGAAGAUUGAUCACGUGGGUCUGUGGGUAGAGAACAAGAAACAUACCAUGCCCGUCCUAUCUGAAGAUUCAGGUUUACAUGAGACGCUUGCCCUCCUGACCUCACAGCUGAGACCUGACUCCAAUCACAAGGAGGAGAUGGUAUUCCUGAGAGACAUCUUUAGUGAGAGAAGUCUCAGCUGCUUAAUGAAAAUUCAUGAAAAAUUGUGCCAUUAUGAACAACACAGUCCGGUCCCGAUACUUCAUAGUGCCUCUGCUCUAGCUGAAGAUGUGAUAGAAGAACUGCAGACCGCACCAGUGAAUAAUGAUGAAAAAGAACUGCUUCAGCUGCUCUCGACUCCUCAUCUUAGGGCGAUGCUUGUUGUUCAUGACACUGUUGCCCAGAAGAACUUUGACCCUGUUCUCCCUCCAUUGCCGGAUAAUAUUGAUGAUGAUUUUGAUGAAGAAUCAGUGAAAAUAGUUCGUCUAGUAAAGAACAAAGAACCUUUGGGUGCAACAAUCAGGCGGGAUGAGCACACGGGGGCUGUGGUUGUGGCCCGCAUCAUGAGGGGAGGGGCAGCUGAUCGCAGUGGUCUUGUCCACGUUGGAGACGAGCUGCGGGAAGUCAAUGGAGUUGAUGUUCUUCACAAACGACCGGAAGAAAUUAGCCAGAUUUUGGCUCAAUCCCAGGGAUCAAUAACACUGAAAAUAAUUCCAGCCAUCAAAGAAGAAGAUCGCCUGAAGGACAGCAAGGUAUUCAUGAGAGCCCUCUUCUCCUACAACCCAAAAGAGGACAAAGCUAUCCCAUGUCAGGAGGCAGGACUACCAUUUCAGAGGAGGCACAUCUUGGAAGUGGUGAGCCAAGAUGACCCAACAUGGUGGCAGGCCAAACGUGUGGGUGACACAAAUCUCCGGGCAGGGCUGAUUCCUUCUAAGCAGUUCCAAGAAAGGCGCUUAAUAUACAGAAGGACCAUUGGUGCAUUGCACAAUUCCAGAAGUGUCACAAAGCCACUCUAUGAUCAGUCUUCUGAGAAAGAAGACUGUGACUGUGAGGGUUACUUCAAUGGACAAUACAUAGCUGGCUUGAGACGAAGUUUCCGACUGAGCCGAAAGGAGAAGCAGAGCGGUCCAAAUGAAGCCAAGCAAACUGAAAUGAUCUCCACUCCAGAGCUUCUCACAUAUGAGGAAGUCACCAAAUAUCAGCAGCAGCCUGGUGAAAGGAAGCGGCUGGUGAUUUUAAUUGGUUCGUUGGGGUCCCGGUUAAAUGAGCUCAAGCAGAAAGUAGUGGCAGAAAAUCCACAAGAAUAUGGAGUUGCUGUGCCACAUACCACAAGGACCAAGAAAAGUCAUGAAAAGGAGGGCGUGGAAUACAAUUUUGUGUCAAAGCAGUCAUUUGAGAUCGAUGUACAGCACAACAAAUUUGUAGAACAUGGAGAAUAUAAGGAGAAUCUUUAUGGGAUGAGCCUGGAGGCGAUACAGUCUGUCAUGUCUAAAAAUAAAGUUUGCCUUGUGGAUGUUGUGCCUGAGGCGGUGAAGCACUUAAGGACAGCAGAGUUCAAGCCAUAUGUUGUCUUUGUGAAGCCUCUUGUCACUGAAAAGAAAAAGAACACACCUGCCUCUCUGCUGACAGAGGAAAUCUUUGUCCCACUUGAUGAGGAGAAGCAAGAGAUGGUGAACUCAGCAGCCUUCAUUGAGGAACAAUAUGGCCACUUGAUUGAUACAGUCCUGGUGAAGGAAGAUCUCCACAGUGCCUGCAGCCAACUGAAAACCAUAUUGGAGAAACUGAACACAGACUGUUUUUGGAUGCCAGUCUCUUGGGUCAAGUUGUAGUCAGCAAUGGUCCACCAAAAGCAGAAGAAAAGAAUGAAGAUAUAUUCCUGUUUGAUAAUCAUAAUAAUAAUUUGUAAAUAGAAUGGAUGGUUAAAAAGGGAAAAUGCUGCAGCAGCCAGCUUGCUUGAAAAGCAGGAAAGAGAAUCUGUCUGCAACUAAAACCAUAUUCUGAUGUAAUCACUUCCUCUGCAGGAAUGGAAUGAAAAAUUGCAGGAUACAAUCCAGGGUAUGUGUGGGUCCCUUUAGACAGCAGUCUUAGAUUCUGGAUAUCUGAAUGGCUCUUUCAAACUCUGCAAUGGAGAUUCAAACGGUGGUCAUCUUGAUGAAGACUAAAUAGCUGGGAAAUGUUAUGGCGCAAAAUAUGCUAACUCUGAAAUUUCCACAGUCAAUAAUAAAUGAGACCGACCUUCAAUUAAGGGUUAUAAUUUCAGAUAACACAAUAAUAAACCUUUCCCCCCUCUGCUGAUUGACCAGGCAGAAUCAGAAGAGCACUUAAAAGUGACAGUUUAGUAAGAGAAAUCUUUCUGGGCCAGCUGCAAAGCCUUUAAUAUUUUUGCCUGAAAAUUAACCACUCUGUAUAUUCUCUAUAUGUAACUAUAUUUUGAGACAUCAAUGAUUUAUUGGGAUUCCCUCCCACGGCUCCAUUAUCUCAGUAGAUUGCUUAAGUAAUAUGUUAAAUCAUGUACUCAAGACAUUGGAAAGUGUCCCAGUUCUAGUUAGAGGACCACAAAUUUCUCAUGAGCAAAUGGCGAAGAAGCAUUUCUCUUCUACAGUAUUUCUACUUUGUUUUGGGCUGAAAAUGCUGAGGUAUCUGUGUCAUAGGCCAAUCAGUCACCCAUUUUAGGUCAAUUUCAGCUUAGGCAAGUGGUCUGAAUUUUUAAAAGUGGCAAAGGAUGUUUGGCAUAAACUCUGUCUUGCAGAACUAUAGCUAGAGAUCCUUUGGGAGUCAGGAGCAUCCAAUAGCCAAGCCUGUACAUGGCUAGCACAAUACUGGAUUUGCUGUGCGAACAUAGAAGUGGGUGCAGAGUUCAGCAUCCAGAAAUUCACUUAUAAAAAGCCAAGCAAAAUUUCAGUUCUUCCAACAAUUGAAAAUGUAUGGUUUUUGUUUGCUUGUCUGGUCUUGGUAAACAACAGAAAUGGAAUAUCCUUCAAUUCUAAGAAUUGAGGUGAAGGAACAUCAGGACUCCCAAGCCUUCUCCAGAACUCCAUACUCAGAAUGAUUUGUGCAUCAUAAACACCUAUGAGUAGUAUGCCUUACUUUGCUUUGCUUAAUUCUUCUUUCAGAAUGAAAAUUUUUUGCAGAUAAUGUUGCUUUGGUGAUUAUAAGGGAGGGUUAGUUCUUGGGAGAAGGGGCUGUGACCUAUCUGUAUUUUUUCUUUCUUUCCCUGUACUGUUUUUAUGUUCCACUAUAUUUUUUAUGCAUUUCUUUGUAAAGAAAAUAUUUCCCAUAGAAGAAAAAAAAUUACCAAUCUUCCUAGAGCUGUUGGAUAUCUUAACCACAACAUUUAUCACCAAUCUGUCUUUUGAAGCUGAAGUUAUAGAUGUAUUUAUUUACUUCUGUAGUUUUAAAACUGUGGGGAAAGUUGGGGCUUUGUUGAAAGUUUAUCAUUAAAAGAUUGAUUGAUUGAUUGAUUAUGUGCCAUCAAGUUGGUGUCAACUCU